AUGCCCUAUCUCCAGCACGGAUACUGCUGGGAGAUACGCCGUCGCGGGAAAGUGUCGCACUACGUCGACGCCGACGACGGCUCGAAGGCCAACUGGAUGCGCUUCGUGAAUUGCGCGCGAACCUACGAAGAACAGAACAUGGUCGCCUUUCAGUUCCACGGCGGCAUAUACUACAGGGCGUGUACAGACAUCAGGACGGGCGCAGAGCUGUUGGUUUAUUACGGUGAUAGCUACGCAGGAGAACUCGGCAUCGACAAACGCAAAGCCUCCGCAGAGCAGCAGGAGUACAAGCUGCACACUCACACAGAAAGGAAGAUUUGCAAAUGCGAUACAUGCGAAUACAGAUGCACCGCCUACGGUGAACUCAAAAAACACAUGCGCGCACACACAGAUGCGAAACGUGUGGAUACAGGUGAGAAACGCUUGAAAUCAGACGGGUAUAGGUGUACUCAGGCAAGUUCUGUCCGUGAUCACAUGCGCACUCAGACAGGAGAGAAGCCGUUUGCGUGCGACACGUGUGGAUACAGGAGUGCUAUGGCCAGUCAUCUCCAGACACACAUGCGCACUCACACAGGAGAGAAGCCGUUUGCGUGCGACACGUGCGGGUACAGGUGUGCUCAGGCCAAUGAUCUCCAGAGACACAUGCGCACUCACACAGGAGAGAAGCCGUUUGCGUGCGACACGUGCGGAUACAGGAGUGCUCAGGCCAGUGAUCUCCAGAAACACAUGCGCACUCACACAGGAGAGAAGCCGUUUGCGUGCGACACGUGCGGAUACAGGUGUGCUCAGGCCAGUAAUCUCCAGACACACAUGCGCACUCACACAGGAGAGAAGCCGUUUGCGUGCGACACGUGCGGAUACAGGAGUGCUCAGGCCAGUGAUCUCCAGAGACACAUGCGCACUCACACAGGAGAGAAGCCGGGUUUGUUGGAGGAGAGUGUGAGCAGGCAGGCAGGCCAAGCGCAGGUUCGCAGCCCAAGACGAAGGUAUCCCAGGCGCAACCUAGCGAGGAAGAACUACAGAGAACGAGAGGUUCCUGACGACGACGAUUACAUAUUCUGCGACGAUUGCGAGAGGGAAUAUGAAGGACACUGCCCUGUACACGGCCCACUGAAAUACAUUCCUGACAAAAAGGUUGACGACACCGUGUACAAUCCUAGGCGCGCGGAGCAGACGCUGCCAGACGGACUGUCUUUGUGGCGAUCCAAGAUCACCGGUGCCGGUCAGGGUAUAUGGACGGACAUGGUCGUCCGCAAGGGCUCCAUGUUUGGCCCUUAUAAGGGAGAGAUCAGGAAGAUCACACAGAACGAAGCGCACGUCUCCGGUUACUGCUGGGCGAUGCGCCGUCGCGGGAAAGUGUCGCACUACGUCGACGCCGAGGACGGCGCGCGGGCGAACUGGAUGCGAUUCGUGAAUUGCGCGCGAAACUAUGAAGAACAGAACAUGGUCGCGUUUCAGUUUCACGGCGGCAUGUACUACAGGACGUGUACAGACAUCAGGACGGGCGCAGAACUGUUGGUUUAUUACGGUGACAGCUACGCGGCGGAGCUCGGCAUCGACAGAAGCAAAGCCUCCGCAGCAGCAGAGCAGCAGCAGCAGCAGCAGCAGCAGUACAAGCUGCACAACACUCACGCAGAAAGGAAGAUUUGCAAAUGCGAUACAUGUGAAUACAGAUGCACCGCCUACGGUGAACUCAGAAAACACAUGCGCGCACACGCAGAUGCGAAACGUGUGGAUACAGGUGAGAAACGCUUGGAAACAGAUGGGUAUAGGUGUACUCGGGCAAGCUCUGUCCGUGAUCAGAUGCGCACUCACACAGGAGAGAAGCCGUUUGCGUGCGACACGUGCGGAUACAGGUGUGCUCAGGCCAGUGAUCUCCGUGAUCACAUGCGCACUCACACAGGAGAGAAGCCGUUUGCGUGCGACACGUGCGGAUACAGGAGUGCUCAUGCCAGUGAUCUCCAGACACACAUGCGCACUCACACAGGAGAGAAGCCGUUUGCGUGCGACACGUGUGGAUACAGGAGUGCUCGUUCCAGUGAUCUAAAAAAACACAUGCGCACUCACACAGGAGAGAAGACCUAUUAUAUGCGUUUCAGGACGUGUACAGAUAUCAGGACGGGCGCAGAACUGUUGGUUUAUUACGGUGACAGCUACGCGGCUGAGCUCGGCAUCGACAGAAGCAAAGCCUCAGAGCAGCAGGAGUACAAGCACACUCACACAGAAAGGAAGAUUUGCAAGUGUGAUACAUGUGAAUACAGAUGCACCGGCUACGGUGAACUCAAAAAACACAUGCGCACACACGCAGAUGCGAAACAUGUGGAUACAGGUGAGAAACGCUUGGAAACAGAUGGGUAUAGGUGUACUCAGGCAAGUUCUCUCCGUGAUCACAUGCGCACUCACACAGGAGAGAAGCCGUUUGCGUGCGACACGUGCGGAUACAGGAGUGCUCACGCCAGGCAUCUCCAGAGACACAUGCGCACUCACACAGGAGAGAAGCCGUUUGCGUGCGACACGUGCGGGUACAGGAGUGCUCGUUCCAGUUCUCUCCUGAGACACAUGCGCACUCACACAGGAGAGAAGCCGUUUGCGUGCGACACGUGCGGAUACAGGAGUGCUCACGCCCAUCAUCUCCAGAGACACAUGCGCACCCACACAGGAGAGAAGCCGUUUGUGUGUGACACGUGCGGAUACAGGAGUGCUCAUGCCUGUAAUCUCCAGACACACAUGCGCACUCACACAGGGGAGAAGCCGUUUGCGUGCGACACGUGCGGAUUCAGGAGUGCUCAUGCCCAUUCUCUCCGUGAUCACAUGCGCACUCACACAGGAGAGAAGCCGUUUGCGUGCGACACGUGCGAAUACAGGAGUGCUCACGCCCGUUCUCUCCGUGAUCACAUGCGCACUCACACAGGCGAGAAGCCGUUUGCGUGCGACACGUGUGGAUACAGGAGUGCUUCAGGCGAGAAGCCGUUUGCGUGCGACACGUGUGGAUACAGGAGUGCUAAGGCCAGUGAUCUCCAGACACACAUGCGCGCUCACACAGGCGAGAAGCCGUUUGCGUGCGACACGUGUGGAUACAGGAGUGCUAAGAUACGCCGUCGCGGGAAAGUGUCGCACUACGUCGACGCAUACGACGUCGCGCGGGCGAACUGGAUGCGCUUCGUGAAUUGCGCGCGAAACUACGAAGAACAGAACAUGGUCGCCUUUCAGUUCCACGGCGGCAUGUACUACAGGUCACACCUGAAUGUGGACAACACAGUGAUACAUGGCCGAUCUAGUCACAGGGAUUUACUGGCCACGCUUCAACUAGACACAGAGCGUCCAGUAUGCUCCAUCGACAUUUCCAAACAUGUCUAUUGGACGAUCAUAGGUGGCUGGAGACUCCCAUUCGGCCACUAUCAGUUUCGUCUGAAUCUUUCAGGAAAGAGACUCAUUGAAUUGCACUUGGCCGGCGCUGACGGGAGUAGCAUGUAUCGCGAUGAUGUGAUAAUUCCGCAGCAACAGUCGAAGACAUGA